CCAAUCAAAUCCUCAUAUUUAAAGACGGCUACUCUCAAUAAACAACCCUUGCUUGCCUUAAGAAAAAAAAAGGAAAUUAUUAUGCAAGACUAAUAAAAUUUAUUCUUUUAUUUAUCUUUGUAUGCUAAAAACGAUUUAUAGAACGUGCUUUCGUUCGUUAACUACUACAACCGCAGUAAAAACUCUCUUUGAUACUUCUCCUAAUCACUUAUUCAAACCACUUCAACAAUUGGCACCGACUUUCUAUACAAAUGGUGAUAAUAUAAAGCCGCUUUAUCAGCCUGUUGAUUUCUAUUCUCAAUUAAAAGAAAAUAUCUUAUCUGCCAAGGAACGUGUAUUUAUUGCUGCACUUUAUAUUGGUCAGAGUGAAAGAGAGCUUGUUAAUACCUUACGUUUAGCUCUUCAUAGAAACCCUCGACUUAAGAUUUAUAUAUUAAUUGACUGUUUACGUGGAACAAGAGUAUCAAAAGAUGAAAGCUCUGCAACAUUACUAUUACCACUAAUCAGAGAUUAUCCAGAUCAGAUUAGAGUAUCAAUGUACCAUACUCCUGAUCUAACGGGCAUCUUGAAAAAAACAUUACCUCAAAGAUUUAAUGAAACUAUUGGAUUAAUGCAUUUAAAGGUAUAUGGGUUUGAUAAUUCAGUUAUGCUAAGUGGUGCCAAUCUUAGUACUGACUAUUUUACAAACCGACAAGAUCGAUAUAUAUUAUUUAAUCAACAGCCAGGAUUAAGCUCUUAUUAUUAUGAUCUUCUUCAACUCAUCUCGGAUUGCUCAUAUCAGCUUACCCCUUUAUCGGAAAAAAAACAAUACAAAUUAGUCAUUCAUAAUAUUGCAGAUCCUGUUAAAGAAAGUAGACAAUAUAAAAAACAAAUGCAUCAUCGAUUACAGCAAUUUAUACAAUCUUAUCAAUCAAAACCCAUUAAAUCAGAAGAAGCCAUGGCUGAUACAGCUAUUUUACCUGUCAUUCAAAUGGGCCCCUUUCGUAUUCGUCAAGAUGAACGAAUGACACUUGAACUUUUAAAUAUCGCUCAUCAACAGCCAAAGCCCUGGACAAUCCACCUUACUUCGGGUUAUUUUAAUUUUACAGAGCAAUACAAGUCCUUUAUUCUUAAAACGCGUGCUUGUUUUCGAUUCUUGACAGCUUCCCCUGAAGCGAACGGCUUUUUUAAUUCAAAGGGAGUUUCUAGAUUCUUACCUCCUGCUUAUACAUUUAUUGAACGCGAAUUUUAUAGACAUGUAAAACGAGCAGGAAGACAAUCGGAAAUUUCAAUUGAAGAGUAUAAAAGAACAGGUUGGACAUAUCAUGCAAAAGGUUUAUGGGUAUCCCUCAAUGAUGAUAAGCUUCCUACAGCUACUAUGAUCGGCUCUCCUAACUUUGGUCAGAGGUCAAGUGAACGAGACUUAGAGGCUCAAGCAUUAGUAAUCACAAGGAAUGAAAGUUUAAGAAAAGCAUUGCAUAAGGAAGUGGAUUUAUUACAUCAACAUUCAGAACUUGUAACAAACGAAACAUUUGAUAAAAUAGAUAGAAGAGUACCUAAUGGUGUCAAAAUUGCAACUGCAUUUGUAAAAACCAUGUUAUAAUUAUUAGAUUUAUUACACUUGUCGAUUCUAUAAUAUAAUAGUAUA